GGUUACGCUGUGAUACAUAAGCAUUCUUGUGUUUCCUGACAGGAUAGUCAAUUUGCAUGCGAAACUCUGAGCACUAACACGAGAUACUGGUGACUCGAUUUACUAAGCUCUGGCUGGCUGCAAAACCCUUCUGACUGGCAUCGACCAAAAUAGCAUCCCGAGAUAUCUAGCUCUAUGUAAGUUCGCCGAGCCAGACGCCAUCUUUUCCGCCGGUCUAGUUGCAGCAAAGCCAGCGGGAAUCGUUCAAUACACCCACAGCGUUUGCAGUAUUACGAAGUGUAUGUCAUCAGUGGAAAUUACCGUGAAUAAAACAAUAAGUUGGCGUAUCAGAUCUAUCAAGAAGGGACAUGUCAAAGCUGGUCGUGUUGGUCUGUGGCGGGGGUAAUGGCGCCCACACGACGGCUGGUCUCGCGGCCUAUCGCGAGAAUAUGGAGUCACGUGUCCUGACUUUAUUCAAGGACGAAGCCGAGAGGUGGACAAACUUGAUGAAGGAGAAUGAUUUCACUGUGCAAGUGUCUGACGCAAAUACUAAUACAUCUACCGACCUCAAAGCUAAACCAACUAUUGUGUCCAAAGAUCCAGCAACAGUGGUGCCAGGAGCGCAUUUGAUUAUUUUCACGAUGCCAGCUUUUGCUCACCCAACGUACUUCGAAGCUAUUAGGCCUCACCUGGAUGACGGUGCCAUAAUCAUUGGAAUGCCAGGACAACCUGGGUUCGAGUUUCAGUGCUUUGACAUCCUAAAGGACAAGGCUAAAUCCUGCACGAUCAUGUCAUUCGAGUCUCUCCCAUGGGCAGCACGUAUUUUGGAAUUUGGCAAGACUGUCCAGAUUUUAGGAACAAAGGCAUCGCUUAUGGGAAGUAUAAUAAAUGCUAAAACUAAGCCACCACAUGAUCCGCUGCAGAGUAUGCAGAAGGUACUUGGAUCUAACCCAGUCUUGAAGCAGACCAGCAACUAUUUAGAACCCUACUUGUUAACAAAAGCAAUAGUCCACCCGCCGAUUAUGUAUGCAAGAUGGAAGGAUUGGGAUGGAAAACCCCUUGACAAAGUGCCACUGUUUUAUCAAGGCGUGGAUGAGAUGGCAGCAAAAUACCUGAGUGGCGUGGCAGAUGAAUUAAUGGCAACGGCUAAGGCUUUCCAAAGCCAAAACCCAAAACUGGACAUGUCUCACGUGAUCCACCUAACAGAUUGGUACCGACAGGACUAUGCAAAGGACAUCACGGAUAAAACGAACCUGAUGACAUGCCUGCAAACAAAUGCUGCCUACGAUGGACUUGUUCACCCUAUGAUAGAGAAAGAUGGGAAAUUUAUGCCGAACUUUGGAUACCGAUAUCUGGUGGAAGACGUGCCCAAUGGAUUAGUCGUCACAAAAGGUCUGGCCCUCAUUGCUGGAGUGAAAACUCCCUAUACUGACGAGGUUCUGCUGUGGUGCCAGAAGACAAUGGAAAAAGAAUACAUGGUGGAUGGAAAGCUGACGGGCAAGGACAUCCAAGAGACAAGAUGUCCUCAACGUUACGGUUACAGUACAAUUGAUGACUUGGUCAGUAUUCUUUAAGCUGACGUAUGACAUACGACACCACGUGCAGUACUGGGCUAAUACAUUGGAAACGGCUUGUAAAUAUUUCCAAGUAACUAUAUUCAGUUCCAAGUGGUGUCAAAGACUUUUAUUUCAAAGUAACGUUUGUAUAGUCUAGUUAAUAAGCUAUACAUGUGUGUCAUAGAAAGUUUGAAUUUAUUGCUUCUCUCGUUAUGUUUGAAAAUAAAAUAUGUGACGAUA